CCCCUCUCGGGGUGCGGGGGCGUUUCCCUCCCCUCCCGUCGCGGGGGCGUUUCCCCGUCCCGGGGUCGCGCACGUCCGGCCCCGCCCGUUAAAUUCCGGGGGGCUCCGGGCUCGCCCCCUCCGCCGGGACCACCAUGGCCAGCGAGGCCGAGCCCGCCCGGCGCCGCCGCUGCUGCCGCUGCUGCUGCGGGCAGGACCCGCCCGACAUUCCCAAGGCCACAGAUUCCCGGCGGGGCUCCCUGUGCGAGCGGCACUGCUCCACCACCAUCAACAACGACCUGGGCGACCUGGGCUGUCACCUGCACCGGCCCCGCGGCCCCACGGCCACGCCCGAGGAGUGCGAGAGCUGCGCCAGGACCACCCUGACGGCCGAGAACGCCGUGGAGGCCAACAAGCUCUCCAACAACUACAAGUUUGGCUUCAAGAAGUGGAAGAGCCACGUGACGGCGCGGCCCUGGGAGGAGCGCUCCGACAUCGUCAAGGAGCUCUACUCCGACCUCACCGCGCUCCGGGGCCCUGCAGGGUCCACGGUGACGUGUGGGAACGUCCUGUACCUGCUGCUCUUUGGCUGGUGGCUCUCGCUGCUGCACGGCCUGGUGGCCGCUGGCAUGUUCCUCACCGUCGUUGGGGCUCCUUAUGGGCGGCUCUGCUGGGACCUGGCCGGGUAUUUCCUGUGGCCCUUUGGCAAAGUGAUCCAGAAGGUGGAGGUGCCCAAAUCCCAGGAGGCUGGUGCGGGGGAGAGCUCGGCCCUGCUGGGGGGUCCCACCCCAGGCCGCUGGCGCCCGUGGUGCUGGGAGGGCACCGGAUACUGGCGCCAAGUGGGCACCGCGGCCUGGCUGUGCCUGGGGUACCCAGUGCUGGCCCUGUCCCACGCCCUGGUCUGUGUCACCUCCUGGCUGCUCAUCGUCACCAUCCCCGUGGCCAAACUGAGCGCCCGCAGUGCCACCCGCGUCCUGCUGCUGCCCCCCGAGCGCGUCCGCGUCCGCAGGGGCAGGAUGACGGAGGUGCCGCUGGAGGGGGAGGUGAUCCUGUGCUGCUACCGCGCCGCCAACCCCUACUACUACAAGUACUCCGUGCACGGCCUCAACGUCUUCGCCGUCAAUCUGCUGCCUCUGGUGGUGGUGACGCUGCUGCUGGGCUACCUGGACAACCACAACCACCUGAGCAGCUCCACCCUCAAGUUCUCCCUGGCCCUGCUCUCCAUCAUGCCCCUGUCCUACUACAUCGGGAUGGCCAUUGCCAGCAUCUCGGCUCAGAGCACGUUCGCGGUGGGCGCGGUGGUGAACGCCACCUUCGGCUCCGUCACCGAGCUCACCUUCUACAUCAGUGCCCUGCUCAAGGGCUCCCGCGAGGGCAGCGCCUGCUACGCCGAGGUCGUCAAGUCGGCGCUGACGGGCACCCUGGUGGGCUGUGUGCUCUUCGUGCCGGGUCUGUGCAUGGUCAUCGGGGGCAUCCGGCACCAGGAGCAGCGCUUCAACAGCCGCUCCGCCGGCGUCAGCUCCGCCCUGCUCUUCCUCUCCGUGGGAGGAGUCUUUGCCCCGACGCUCUUCUCCAAGGUCUACGGGAAGCUGGUGUGCGGCGAGUGCCACAACGUCACCCAGAACCCGCUGGGCCACUACCUGUGUCACAACUGUCACUUCGACCUGAUGGACAACAACGGCACCCUCUACUACAGCCACGUCCAGCCCCUGGUGUACACGGUGUCCCUGCUGCUCCCCGCCGGGUACCUCGUGGGGCUCUGCUUCACCCUCAAAACCCACUCCCACAUCUACGACAUCCACGUCAGCGACUGCCACAUGCCAGGCCACCACCCCAGCCCCGUGGUGCACUGGUCCCGCUGGCGUGCCCUGGUCAUCCUGCUGCUCUCCACCCUGUGCAUGUCGGCCUGUGCUGACCUGGCCACGGAGCACAUCAGCCCCAUCCUCACCAACUCCACCAUCUCCCAGUACUUCAUCGGUGUCACCGUGCUGGCCAUGGUGCCUGAGCUGCCAGAGAUUGUCAACGGCAUCCAGUUCGCCCUCCAGAACAACCUGAGCCUCAGCAUCGAGAUCGGGAGCUGCAUCGCCGUGCAGGUCUGCAUGCUCCAGAUCCCCAUCCUGGUGCUCUUCACCAUCUUCUACCCCACCAACUUCACGCUGGUGUUCAGCGACCUGCACGUCUACGCCAGCAUGUUCAGCGUGGUGCUCAUGAACUACAUCUUCAUGGACGGCAAAUGUGACUACUUCCAAGGCACGGUGCUGGUGAUGGUUUACUUCAUCCUCCUGGCCGUUUACUUCUUCGCCCCCUCUCCCAGUGGCUGCUGAGCUCCGGCCUCUCCCGACCCGCGGCGGCUUCCAGGAGUUCUCCGGGAUCUCAGGGACCGGCUCCGGGCUGGAAGCACCAUUCCCAGAGCUCCUGCUGCCGCCCGGCCCCUCCAGGGGGGAUUUGGGAAGGGUGGGAAGGGUUGGUGGCCAUGGAAUUGCUCCUGGGAUGAGUCACGGAGGUGUUUCCCAAGGGGCACUUCCAGCCCCCCUGGUGUGCUCCCAAGGGAUGUUAUCCCUAAAGAGGAGGGGCUGGAAGGGGGUUCCCGGGCCAGCCCCUUCCCUUGGGAAGCGUUGCACUGGGAGGAGGGGCCGGGGAAGGUGAUCCCAGGGAGGGAGUUGGGAUUUUGGGAUCACGGGGAGGGGGCUGUUCGGAGGCGCCCCGGGGGGUUUCGGAGCAGUUUGGGCAUUAAAGCACUUUUUGUACAAACCACACCCGGGGU